AGAGAGACGCACGAGACCGGCAGCUCCAAACUCUGCAGCGUUCUCAGCUGAAAAGCAUUUCCCAGCAUGCACCUCCAUCCGCUGUCUUUUUCUUUCCUCUUCAUCCUGGUUGCCGGGGUAGCAGUGAUGUGCGUUGCCGUGACAACCACCCUGCAUGGUUUCAGAGGCUGUGCGGUUCGAGAGUUCUCCUUUGUGGCCCAGAAGCCCGGAUGCAAAGGGCUGCGCAUCACUACCGAGGCCUGCUGGGGGCGCUGCCACACCUGGGAGAAACCUGUGCCAGACCCUCCCUACAUCCACCGCCACCACCGUGUGUGCACGUACAGUCGUACUCGGCACAUGACGGCCCGUCUACCUGGCUGCCAGCCCGAGGUCUCCCCUCUCUACCACUACCCCAUGGCCCUGCACUGUCACUGCGCUGUCUGCUCCACACAGGACACAGAGUGUGAGACCUUCUGAGGAUGCAACGUCCACGUCUCAGCAUGUUCCCAGCAAC